AUGAAAUAUGGCCGCUGUCACCAGGAGCCAGAACAGAUGCCAGCCAGUCCGGGUUACAGCGGAAAGACAAUGAGAACUCCAGCGUCAGAUGCAAAUAGAUCGCUUGCAUUGAUUUUUAAUGCUUGGAGGUUCCGCAGCAUAAAAGAUACCGAUACUCUUACAAUCGUCAGAGGGAAUAAAUCCUGCAAGGAAACCUCUAUUAAUGGCCUGCUAGAGGAUUUCGACAACAUCUCUGUGACUCGCUCCAAUUCCCUAAGGAAAGAAAGCCCACCCACCCCUGAUCAAGGAGCCGCUGGCCGUGUUCAAGGCCACUCCGAAGAAAAUGGCUUCAUCACCUUCUCACAGUAUUCCAGUGAAUCCGAUACUACUGCCGACUACACAAUGGAAAAGUACAGAGAGAGGAGUCUCUACGGAGACGACCUGGAUCUCUACUACAAAGGCAGCCACGCAGCCAAGCAAAAUGGGCAUGUGAUGAAGAUGAAACAUGGGGACGCCUACUACCCUGAGAUGAAGCCUUUGAAAGCUGACCUUUCUAGAUUCCCUGUCGACUAUCACACACACUUGGACUCCCUGAGCAAACCAAGUGAUUACGGUGACCUCAAGUGGGGUUAUCAGCGAGCCUCUAGUAGCUCCCCUCUGGAUUACUCAUUCCAGCUGACGCCUUCUAGAACUGCAGGGACCAGCAGGUGCUCCAAGGAGAGUCUGGCUUACAGUGAAAGUGACUGGGGACCCAGCUUUGAUGAGUAUGACAGAAGGCCAAAGUCGUCAUACCUGCAUCAGACAAGCCCUCAGCCGGCCAUGCGGCAGAGGUCCAAGUCAGGCUCAGGGCUUCAGGAACCCAUGAUGCCAUUUGGAGCAAGUGCAUUUAAAACUCAUUCUCAAGGACACUCGUACAACUCCUACACCUACCCUCGCCUGUCCGAGCCCACAAUGUGCAUUCCAAAGGUGGAUUACGAUCGAGCACAGAUGGUCUUCAGUCCUCCACUGUCCGGGUCCGACACCUAUCCAAGAGGCCCCGCCAAACUACCUCAAAGUCAAAGCAAAGCAGGCUGCUCUUCAAGCGGCCAACAGUACCCUUCUGGGUACCACAAGGCCACCCUGUACCACCAUCCUUCCCUGCAAACCAGUUCUCAGUACAUCUCCACUGCUUCUUACUUGAGCUCCCUCAGCAUCUCCUCCAGCACCUACCCUCCACCUAGCUGGGGCUCCUCCUCAGACCAGCAGCCCUCUAGGGUAUCCCAUGAACAGUUCCGGGCGGCCCUACAACUUGUGGUCAGUCCAGGUGACCCCAGGGAAUAUUUGGAUAACUUUAUCAAAAUUGGAGAGGGAUCGACAGGCAUUGUGUGCAUUGCAACUGAGAAGCACACAGGAAAGCAAGUGGCGGUGAAGAAAAUGGACCUCCGAAAACAACAAAGGCGGGAACUCCUUUUUAAUGAGGUUGUGAUAAUGCGUGAUUACCACCAUGACAAUGUAGUUGACAUGUAUAACAGCUACCUUGUUGGAGAUGAGCUCUGGGUGGUCAUGGAGUUUCUAGAAGGUGGUGCCUUGACAGACAUUGUCACUCAUACCAGAAUGAAUGAAGAACAGAUAGCUACUGUCUGCCUAUCAGUCCUCAAAGCCCUCUCUUACCUUCAUAACCAAGGAGUGAUUCACAGGGACAUAAAGAGUGACUCCAUCCUCCUGACAAGUGAUGGCCGGAUAAAAUUAUCUGACUUUGGAUUCUGCGCUCAAGUUUCCAAAGAGGUGCCAAAGAGGAAAUCACUGGUGGGUACCCCAUACUGGAUGGCACCUGAGGUGAUUUCCAGGCUACCUUAUGGGACAGAGGUGGACAUCUGGUCCCUCGGGAUCAUGGUGAUAGAGAUGAUUGAUGGUGAGCCCCCCUAUUUCAAUGAGCCUCCUCUCCAGGCAAUGCGAAGGAUCCGGGAUAGUUUACCUCCAAGAGUGAAGGACCUACACAAGGUUUCUUCCAUGCUCCGAGGAUUCCUAGAUCUGAUGUUGGUGAGGGAGCCCUCUCAAAGAGCCACGGCCCAAGAGCUUCUUGGACAUCCAUUCUUAAAACUGGCAGGUCCACCAUCUUGUAUCGUUCCUCUCAUGAGACAAUACCGGCAUCACUGAGCAGACUCGCAGAGGAGACAAAUCUAGGCAAAGACAUGAGGAUAAUUCAGGAGAACACGAGGAAAACCCCACAGAACACGCAAAGGCCUGUGCAUUCUAAACCAGCUGAUUGGUGGGACAGUGUGAUGGCCUGACCGGCAGGGUUUGACAGACCAGGGCAUCUUCUAGUGUCUUAAAUAGGCAUCUCUCCACUGACAGCUGGCAUGGUCAUUUGGAGCAUGGCUUUAAUAAGUCAUUAUACAUUUUCAGCCCUUCUUCCAGCAAACCAGAAGGACUCAGUACAAACUCCGUUAUGAUAUAUCCUAGCCACAUGCAGGGUACCACAUAGGAUUUUCUAUAUUGAAAGAAUACUUUUCUGGCAAAAAAAAAGAAAGAAAGAAAAGAAAAGAAAAGAAAA